AAUUUUCAUUUUUGAGUGAACUAUCCCUUUAAUGUGUUUUACAUGUUUAUGUGACUCAGUUUUGUUUUAGAGUCAUUUUACACUGGCAAGGGCAAGCUUUUUUUGUAAUAAGUCUAUUCUUUCCUCUCACAUGAGAAUUCCUCUACAGACGAACAUCCUUUGCCUGUUUCCUGUAACCAUAGAGAUAAUGAAUUCAGCCAAUCCCCAGGCAGGACUGCGUGGAAUGUUUUCCUGAACUCUCUUUGAAUUUCCUUCCACGACAAACGCUCCUCUCUAGCAAUUUCAGAGCGCAACUCUCAGUCAUUAUACUUGUCAGGAAUACUUCUAUGGAAUGCUGUAAAAAACACCAGGACUCGCCGCCAGGCCCUGAUCCGAUUCCUGGGAUUGCAAACAGCGUUCUCCAGAACAGAUGUUCAGCGAUGGUCGACUACCCAGACACUUCUCACAAGUGUGGUUGAGAAACGUAUGACUCUGGAGUGACGGGAGCUAUGCCCACUGAAAGUACCGACAGAAACUCGACUGAUUUGGCUGAUGUCCCUCUCAGGAAGCCAUCUUCUGUGAAUCAAUCAGCUGUCGGCUGUGGGAUCUCAACUCUGCCCCAUGUUUGCUGGGACUUUGAGCUCGGUUUGGCUGUGCUGUUGAUGGCCUUGGCUGGGCUUUUGAUCUUGGCAUUACUGUAUUGGGUGCUCCUGCUGCGCCACAGGCUCCGCGUCGCUCAGGCCGGGAAUGCUCUGGAAUAUUUUGGUUUCUUCCACAUGGCUCAGUAUGAUCUAAAAGAGCCCAACCUGCCUGUAGUGACCCCUUCUCUUCCCUCCCCACCUCCACCUGUUCUCCACCUCACUCCUCCGCCUCCACCUGUUCUCCACCUCACUCCUCCACCUCCACCUGUUCUCCACCUCACUCCUCCGCCUCCACCGCCGAUGUUGUAUGUGCCUCCCGUCAUCCACACCACCCCACCAAGCCCUCACCCAUCAUGUGGAGCCGGCUCGGAUGCGGAGGUGUACUCACGGAUCGGAGUCCUGCGACCCUCGAGACCCUCCAGUGUGAGUCAGGCCCAGGUGAUCCUGUUUGAACACUCCGCACUUUGACGACCUGACGCUUUCAAGUAUAGAAGCACAGCUGAUUUCACUUUGUGUGCUUAUUUUUGGACUGCUUUUCAAUAUUUAAAGUAUUAGGUAGAUCAGACAAUCACCCACUUUCUAAGUACAUUCCUGUUUAUAUAUUUUCUGUUUUUUAAAAAUGUUUUACAUUUAAAAAGCUUUCAAAUGUGUUUCCUAUGUUAGGAAAUGUAACAGGAAAAGCGGUUUGUUUUGAAACAAACAUAUUUUUCUUUUUCCUGCAUCUGCCUUUGUAAUUUCCUUUAAAGGGUGGGAUUUCCUGAGGAGACUUUCCAUUUCUUUGUUCCUCUCUGCCUCUUCGGAUUUCAGUGUUCCUUCUCUCUCACUGCCUAAGUAAAUAUCAAAUAAAUAAGAAUGAAAAUAAUUAAGUAUUAUAAAAAUAAAUAAUAAAGUCAAUUUGUGACCCUGGACCACAAAACCAGUCAUAAGUUGCACGGGUAUAUUUGUAGCAAUAGC